GCUUUUGAAGCUUUGUGUGUGUGUGUGUGUGUGUAUCCAGCGCAUGCCUCUGGCCUAAUUCAGUCUGUGAAAUUGAUUUAGAGUAUGACAGCGGUGUAGUCUUUUUUUAUUAGUUCUGACACAACACACCAGUACCUUUUAUUAUUAAAGUUGCUGAUUUUAUAAAGGCUUGUGAGGCGAAUCUAUAGCCAACAUGCGAGCUUUCACGUUAAUGCUGGGAUUGAAGACGCUGUGGGUUUUGGUGUUUUCUUCUCUUUCCAAUACGUUGGCAGUCAACAACAGCGGACGAUGGUGGGGGAUCGUGAACGUGGCCUCCUCCAAUCUGCUCACAGACUCCAAGAACGUGCAGCUGGUCCUGGACCCGAGCCUGCAGCUGCUGAGCCGGAAGCAGAGGAAGCUGAUUCGGCAGAACCCGGGAAUCCUGCACUCCAUCAGCAGCGGCGUGCAGAGCGCCAUCAAGGAGUGCAAGUGGCAGUUCCGUAAGCGCCGCUGGAACUGCCCGACCGCGCAGAGCCCCAACGUCUUCGGCAAGAUCGUCAACAGAGGCUGCAGGGAAACUGCAUUCAUCUUUGCCAUCACCAGCGCCGGUGUGACGCACUCCGUGGCUCGCUCGUGUUCCGAAGGCUCCAUCGAUUCAUGCACCUGCGAUUACCGGCGGCGCGGCCCAGGCGGGGCGGACUGGCACUGGGGAGGCUGCAGCGACAACAUCGACUUCGGGAGAGUGUUCGGAAGGGAGUUCCUGGAUUCAAGCGAGAGAGGGAGGGACCUGCGCUACCUGACCAACCUGCACAACAACGAGGCUGGGAGAAUGACGGUGUUUUCGGAGAUGCGGCAGGAGUGCAAGUGUCACGGGAUGUCCGGCUCGUGCACGGUCAAGACCUGCUGGAUGCGGCUGCCCACCUUCCGCACCGUGGGGGACUUUCUGAAGGACCGCUUCGACGGGGCGUCCCGGGUCAUCUACGGCAACAAGGGGAGCAACCGGGCCUCCAGGGCAGACAUGAGGCACCUGGAACCCGAAAACCCAGCCCACAAACUGCCCUCCCAGCGGGACCUGGUCUACUUUGAGAAGUCACCCAAUUUCUGCACCUACAGCGGGAAAACAGGCACCAUCGGGACGUCAGGGCGUUACUGCAACAGCUCCUCGCCAGCUCUGGAUGGGUGUGAGCUGCUGUGCUGUGGCCGUGGCUAUAGGACCAGGACGGAGAGAGUCACUGAGAGAUGUAACUGCACUUUCCACUGGUGCUGUCACGUCAGCUGCUCAAACUGCACCAACACGCAGGUCCUGCACGAAUGCCUAUAGACGCCAAAUAAGCAUAAUAUCCAAAGCUUUAAAAACCCCUCCGAAGGGUAGCAGCAGGCAUGGUUUGGCUGGUACUUAUUUUGAAGCUCACUACCUUCCUUCUUGUGUUGUAGGUAAGAGGACGCUGCCUAUAUUCUGAAACAAAUUAGGUGGGGUAACACAGGAAGGGAAAUGUUGUGAAUAAUGGGUUUCUGAAACAGAAAGAUGUCUAUGCUGAUAAAUGUGUUGUUUUUGUUUUUUACUGAAUCUUACGUAGAAAGCCAGUAAACCUCAAGCACACUCUGAUGAGAUGCAUUAGAAACGAAUGCUGAUGAAACCAAAAAUGAGACUGGUGCGAAUGCAUAAACACACAAACACACACACUGACACACAC